GACAACUGACACGUUACUUUGACAGGUGUCACAGGGAUCGUCUUAACGAGAAUUUAUAUUCUUUUAUGUUUAUGUCUUUUACUUAUGGUGAUGCCAUGGAGUUAGUAGUACAUUAUUAUUAACUCCAUAGGUGAUGCUUACUGCAUGCUUUUGCAAAGGUGUUUAUCUGCUGUGUUACAAAAUUCAUUUCACUUAUACUUUGGUAAUGUUGGUGUAGAUUUACUUCUGCCUGUUCUGAUUUAAAGGCGGCGUUAUAGAAUUUAUUAUGAAUUGAUAUACAAUUAUUUAUGCUGAAUUAAUUUGAACUUUAGUUAACAAUCCGAAAAAAUGAAUCCUAUGACCAAUGUUAAAAAUGUGCUCAAACUCAGUGAGCGGGAACUUACAAAUAAUUCUAAAAGUUCAUGGCACGACCAGUAUAAGGACAGUGCAUGGAUAUUUAUAGGUGGUUUGCCUUACGAUCUAACUGAAGGAGAUGUCAUCUGUGUAUUUUCACAAUAUGGUGAAAUAGUUAACAUAAAUAUGGUCAGAGAUAAAGCAACUGGUAAACCACGAGGGUUUGCAUUUCUUUGUUAUGAAGAUCAGCGUUCAACAAUACUUGCUGUUGACAAUUUAAAUGGAAUCAAAAUUUUGGGCGAACCUUACGAGGUGGAUCAUUGUGAACAAUACAAAGCUCCAAAUGCAGAUAUGAGUAAAGUUGAUGAUGUAACUGCAGCUGUUAGAAUGGAAGGCUGUGCACCAGUGCCUACGAAAGUUGAGCUAGUUGUCAAAAAGGAAGAAAAAAGUAAAAAGUGGCAAAGUAAAAAGAAAAAAACAUAAAGAUAAGAAAAAGUAAAAAAAGAAAGAAAAGAAGCAGAUCCAAUUCGAGUUCCAGUUCUAGUGAUGAUAAUUGAAAAUGCUGUAUUUUUUUGUAAAAUUCAGGAAUUAAACUGGAUAUGAAGUAUUA